AUGGCUGAAAUUACUCCCAAAAGAUCAUUUACAGCUGUCAAAGUUUGGCUUUCAGAUGGCAGAAGUGAAACCUUUGGUGGACAAGCUGGACCGUAUCAGGAGUACACGUUUAAAACUGUGUUUGAGUGUUUCACCUCACUGUCCCUCUGGGGGAAUGGAGCAGGAACACGUCUUGGAGCCAUCAAAUUCAAGACCAGUAAAGGAGGAGAAUUUUUUGCAAAAAUGACAAGCUGGGGUUUAAAACAAGAAUAUCCCAUAGAUAUCUGCUCUGGUUAUUGUUUGGGAGUUGUAGGAAGAUCUGGUGCAGAUAUUGACUGCAUGGGAUUCAUGUUUCUCAACGCAGUUCAAUCAACAGUCCUCACCAAUGUCAACUAUCCCACAAUAAACCAAUUGAUACCACAGGUGACCGUGGAAGAGAUCAAAUCAGUCAGUUACAGAAAUGACUCCUCUGAAAAACAACAGGAAACGGUCGAAACCUCAAAGAAAGUGAUCAAAACAUCUUCAUGGUCGAUGAGUGUCAGCUUUACGGUAACAUUUAGUGUGGAAGUGAAGGCAGGGAUUCCAGAGGUUGUAGAAUCUUCUACAGGAUUCAGUUUCAGUGUUGGAGCAGAAAGCACCUAUAGGCUGGAGCAGACAGAUGAGAGAACCGAAACUCUGACUACCACUGUAGAUGUGCCACCAAGAAAGAAGCUGGAUGCUGACAUCACCAUCGGCAGAGCCGCGUUCGACCUGCCUUACAGUGGCAUAGUGAUCAUCACUUGCAAAAACGGCAGUGUGUUACAUUAUGAAACCAAGGGCCAAUACAAAAGCAUCACUUACACUGAUAUCAAAGUCAAUACUAAAGAAUCUGAUCUGUAAUGUUAAGACAGAUUGUUCUUGGCUGGGCUUUAUCUGAUUUUACCAGCAAUGUAUCACUCGGUUUGCUA